GUUUCGGCUUGUGGCGUUUACGGAUUCAUCCUUCGGAGCAAACCCGGACAACGGAAGAUCUACCACGGGAUAUCUCUUCUUUCUGGCUGGAGGACUCAUCAGCUACGGUGCGAAGACUCAAACUUUAACCGCGCAAAGCACGGUCGAAGCCGAGAUUUAAGCACCUAGCUACUCAGCCAGAGAGGCGGUCUACAUCUAAAAUUUUAUGACGGAACUCAAGUUCAAGACGUUCGGAUCGGUUCCCAUCAACAGCGACAGCACCGGAGCGCUGACAGUGGCCGGGAAUGUCAUGCACAAACAACGCACGAAGCACGUGGCCCUGAGGUACUUUUUCAUCCGGGAGCUAGUACUACGGGGACAAAUCACUCUUUACCACCGGCCCAGCGAGCACCAGUUGGCUGAUAUCGCGACCAAGUACCUCCCAAAGCACCGAUUCGCCUCUAUCAUUCAGCAGAUCAAGGACUUCUCGUGUUGAUCGAAGAUCUGUGAGCUUCCUUCCAUACCCGCCAUACCAGAAGGAACUAUUUUCGAUACGAUGCCAACGGACGGGUCGAGGUAGACAAGGAUAUGGUGAUGCGGUCGACCAUUGUGAAUUAGUUGCUUGAUC